UCUCCGUUCUCGCCCUCCGCUCCAGGUCGCUGCAAUCCGUCGCCCCAAGUGCUGCAAGUGUUCCGGGGCCUGCGCCUCUUGUUGCAGUGCGUCCAGCUGUCCCCUCGGCCCUGUAGCUGGGAGUAUCCUCUCCACAGACACACCAGGCAGCACAACUCUGACCUGGAGGUGGUUGUCACUGACGACAAUCUGGGAAACUAUGUCUGCACGUGCCAGGAGGGGGGGCCGGCAGUCAGAGACCCCACCCCUUGCCGCAGAGCAGCCUAUUACCUGACACUAGAAGCUCCCAGUGUCGAAAAAGUAUCAACAUCCGAAGGUCGUCAUAUCCUGGCCUUGUACAUAUUUGCCAUCUUACUAGUUUUAAGUUUUGUCGCCGUCCUUAUCUUCUUUGUGAAACGGCGGUGUGGGAUUGCCCGUAACCUACCAGAUAAUUCGUUGUCAUCGGGAAAGGGGCGGGACUUGCUGGGUUCCUCGGCCACUCCUCAAUCCCCCAGCAGCUCCAGCCUUUUCUCGGAUGGAUUCCGGAUGGCGGAAAAACGAAACGGGACGGCGACUUCGACCACAACAACCACGCUCCUUAGCAACCAUGGAAACGGUGGGCACAGUUACAGCGACACUCUGAUAAGCAGCAACUCCAGCAACGGCCAUGGGAAUUCUCUGUACGCCAACUGCAACACAAGCGGCAGCGGGAGGCGGCUUGGCCCUGAAUUUCUAUCGCCAGAUAUGCUGGACAGAAGGACGGGGGAGCGGGAGAGAGUGAGGUCUGAGGGGGGAGAGAGAGAGUCGGGGGAGGGGGAAGAGGUGGAGGAGGGUCUGAGGGAUGGGUUGGGGGAAGGAAUGAAAAGACUAGAAGAGGAGAUCUCCAGCUUUACCAUGUUUAAAUCACCAGCACCGCUGGCAAGGUGUGAAGAAAGUUCGAUAUGAAAAUGUUCGAUACCAUUUUGCAUCCUCCAAAAAACCUGAAAACUACUGGAAUCAGUGCAAAGUGGCUACUGCCAAAUGCCUUUGAAUACGAGCUGUGACGUGAGAGAGACUUCAGAGAUUUAUGAGAAAUAUAAAUUUAUGUCCAAGCAUGUGAGAGAGACCUGUUAUGCACGGAGAGAGCUGCAGGACAGAAAUCAUAUGACAGUGUUGGUAUAGACUUCUUAUAAUGAGUAACUCAGGAUGAGAGCUGUUGCCGAUGUACAUAUAAAUGUAAAUAUGAGCAGUGUGAACAGGUGAUAAUGGACUUGAAACUGAGCGAUUACAUAAUUCUAAUAUUACAAAGAAUCAAAGAUGAAACGUCUACAUCUGUAGACAUGGAAAAGCCAUAUUGUCUUUCUCCUUAACCCCUGUUGUUGUUUGCUCUCAUUUGCUUCUCCUGGAAAGGAAAAGUGCACUUCUCUCUCACCGCCUGUCUCUCUUUCUCUUGCUGUCUGUGCUUCUUUCUCACACACACCACUUGAAUCCCAAAAUUCGAUGGGUUCAAAGGCACCAAAGGACUGCUGAGCCAUAGACUGCCCGGUCAGACUGCACCGGUCCUGGGCCUCAAACAGAGAAACGUCACUGACAGAGAUUUAGAACCAUAAAUUCACUGAGGAGCCUUCACAUGGACUGCAGUGACUGUGACGGGGCUGUCCCUCUCUGCUCUGCCGAGGAUGUGCAGAGGCUGAUGGGUUCAAGGUCCGUCAGACUUGUGUCACUGUGGAAAAGUAGCUGCAGAGAAGACGCGAGAAACUGAAUGCUGCUUUCUGUCACUGCUCAGAUUCACCAUCACUGAGACAGAAGUCGUUCAAAGGAUAUGAAAUUCAUUUCAGUCUCUAGGAAUGGACCUUAUAGACUCAAAGACACCAUCACCUCAUGUUGUGAGUGUGGAUUUUAACAUAAAGUGUAUUGUU